GGACAUCGGCCGCUCAGGCGUGCCCCGCCCAGCAGAAGCAACGCGCACAGAAAGAAAUGGCGAGGCAUGUCUCAGCACGUCGUCAUGGAUGUCAUUGCGAAGGACCCUGUGCAGGCUUUGUUCACCAAAGAGGCAGGCCUCUGCGCUUCAGAGAGUGACGCGAAGUGGAAUCACUUGAAGAUUGCCAAAGCUCGCAAGAGAAGAAUGGACCAAUUGUUGUCCAUUUCCAAGACGGACAAGGUGGAGGUGCUCGACACCAAAGAGAAGCCCCAACUCAGGAAGUCCGAGAGCAAGAAGGAGAGCGCAGAGCGAGGAGUUCUGAGUUCGGUGUCGCAAAAUCAAGUGCUGAGCCAGCAGCGCAAGGAGGCUUGCCAGAUGAUGCGCUUCUUCGUCUAUGGCUGCGUUGGCAAUGAAAAUGCCAAGACCCAAAAGGAGAAAGAUCAGAUCUUCUCUGAAGCAUUGGGCAGCUGGGCGCAGGUGCAGACACUGUAUAUCCUUUGGAGCAAGCUGGAUGACGACAAUUCGGGGCGCGUUGACUUCGCCGAAUUUCGUGGAUUUGCGGAAGCCAGAAUGAUGGAACUUGUGCAGGCUGCUCUUGACAGCGAGUCGCAAACUCUGGCAAGAUUGCCAUCUUGGGCCGUUGUGCAGACACAAGAGGAUGUGAACAAGUCGACAUCAAAAUUUAUCAAGAUCCUGGAGCAGAUUCUGCUGGGCGUCAAGAGCUCUUUCGUCUUGGAGGACAUGAUGCGAAUUAUUUGGCCGAUGAGCCAACAUAAUCAUCUGACAGAGAUGCGAAGGUGGUGCACUGAGAUUUCGUCUGCACUUGACAGGACAGUUGUGAAGACGCCGCCCCUCUUGCCAGAGGAGCAGCUCGAGGAUUUGCAGUGUGUCUUCCAGUACUUCGAUCUUGAUCGUGAUGGACAUCUGAAGGUGUCUGAGCUUCUUGCAUCAGGGUUCCUGAAUCAGCAGGAGGCGCAAAGCUUGAUAGAAAAGUACGACGCGGAUGAGGAUGAGCAGCUGAACAUGGCGGAGUUCACCGAGAUGCUUUGCCCUCUGGGAUUUCGAGUUCGUGAGGAGGCCUCGCACGCCACUCUCGAUGAUGGUCGCAAUGUUUGGUUUGAUGCAGAUGUGCAACGCUGGCGUUUGGCAGAAGAGGCGUAAGGUCUAUAGCUUGCAUCUUCGGAAGGCAGCUUGCUCAAUCCAAUAUGCUGAGCUCUUCAGAUGCGACGUCAAACUGUGCCCAAAGGGCAAGCUUUGGCAUCGUGCCUUUGGCGCUAAUGUUUUCUUCCACAGUCGCGCGGAUUUGGCAGCGCAACUGGGAGACUCGUUAUUUACGUAGCGCCUUCGUUUGUUUUGCAAGGCUGUUUCAUUCAUAGCUUUGCGAGUCGGAGGUCAUGAGG